AUGAGGAGGCCAGGGGGAGGGGCCUGUAAGUGACGUUAUUUCCGGUAAGAGGAAAGACGCAGGCUGACCGGACCGGAAGUGACGUAUUCCGCCAGCUGGUGUGAUGGCGAACGCUGUGGAGUGCGGAGGCCGGAACUGCCGCCAGAGGUGAUCAACCCGCUCGCCGUGUUCCUCCCCAGUCACCCCACCCGGGAAGCCAGGAUGCGGUAAGAAUGGAGUUCGUGUUUGGCCAUUGGAGCCUCCUUCACUGUGCGAGGGGGAUGGGAUAUCACAGCACACAGAGCUUGUGAUAACUGCCGGUGAAACUUCCCCUGGUAUUACUGCUUUUUAACGGUCUUCUAAGAAUGGCUGGACAAUUCCGCAGCUAUAUAUGGGAUCCAGUCCUUAUCGUAUCCCAGAUCGCCUUAAUGCAAUGCAUCUACUAUGGCUCCUUGGGACUCUGGCUUGCAGCCCUGGACUUACUGACAGCAAAUAGCCCUUCACUCGACCAGAUAUUUAAUUAUGAGAUUUUAGGAUUUUCAUCCGAUUCUGGAAGAGUCUCCAUGAUGGCUUUCAUCCUGAACUCUCUCACUUGUGCUCUGGGUUUGCUGUAUUUUAUCCGCAGAGGAAAGCAGUGCCUGGAUUUUACUGUGACAGUACACAUGUUUCACCUGUUUGGGUGUUGGUUUUAUAUCUCCCGUCUCCCUGCUACAAUCACUUGGUGGCUUCUGAACCUUGUCUGUAUUGCCUUAAUGGCAGUCAUUGGAGAGUAUCUCUGCAUGCGAACUGAACUCAAUGAAAUUCCUCUCAAUUCAGCCCCUAAAUCUAAUGUCUAGACUUAUUAAACUCCAGUGGACGUUUAUAGCAUACCUCUCGAAAGUGUUUCUAACACUUCGUUUAUGCCCCUUUAUGAUCCUGGGCUAUUGACCAGGUUGUGGACAACUCUCCUAAAACCUAUUUUUCAUGGUCUUCAAUGAAAAGUGAAAAUGACUUUACAUUUCCAUCUUCCUUUGCACACGUUUUAUUUAACUGAUAUAGCUACUGACCGAUUUAUUUCAACUAUGUUGUGUUUGUUUUUCUUUUGUUUUUUAUUAUUAUUAAAUGUAAAGUAAGCCCCUCUCUAACUCAUGUGAUUUAGCUUAAGUGGGGAAGUUAUAAAGAUCCAAAUGAGAUCAUGUACAAAAAAAAUGUUUAGAUCACCAGCUGUCAAACUUUAAAUUAUUUGCAGGCAGGAAAAUAAACCGGAGGAAAUUGGUAUGAAA